UGCAGCACACCUCCUCAGUCGCCGGGGACUCCGGCAGCAUUUUUGCCAGAGUCCUCGAACUCUCGCUUUUUUUUUUUUAAUCGGCUGCAUAGGAUCACCGGUGUGCCCACCAUGUCAGACGCGGCCGUGGAUACCAGCUCCGAGAUCACCACCAAGGACUUAAAGGAGAAGAAGGAAGUUGUGGAGGAGGCAGAGAGUGGAAGAGAUGCACCUGCUAAUGGCAACGCUAAUGAGGAAAAUGAGGAGCAGGAGGCUGACAAUGAGGUAGAUGAAGAAGAGGAAGAAGGAGGGGAGGAGGAGGGAGAAGAGGAGGAAGGUGAUGGCGAGGAGGAGGAUGGAGAUGAAGAUGAGGAGGCUGAGGCAGCUACGGGCAAACGGGCAGCUGAAGAUGAUGAGGAUGACGAUGUUGACACCAAGAAGCAGAAGACCGAUGAGGAUGACUAGACAGCAAAAAAGGAAAAGUUAAACUUAAAAAAGGCCGCCGUGACC